ACAAAUUCAUAUAUUUUACCAAAUGAAGCCUUAAACCGCAAUAUGAAAAAUGUAACACUGUUUGUUGAAGGUCAAGAAUUGUUUAAUAGAACACGAAGAACAGCCGCCACAACAGAAAAAGAUCGUCUUUGGGAUAACGGUAUUAUUCCCUAUGUGUUUGACGAUAUUUUUACUGAGUCACAAAAGAGAUUAAUAAAAAAAGCAAUGCGAGAAUGGGAGAGAUCAACUUGCAUAACAUUUGUUGAAAAAAUCCCGAGAUUCCAUACGAAGUUCUUGAAAUUUACUCAAUCAAAUUGCAGAUGUUGUUUUAUAUACUCACCGGAUUUUCCAAAUCUAAAACUAAUAAGUUUACACAAGGAGUGUGUCGACUUUCCGAUUAUUCUUCAUGAAUUGGGACACGCAAUUGGUUUUGAACAUGAACACAAUCGUCCAGACCGUGAUGAAUAUGUUUAUAUCAUUGAUCGUAACAUACAUCCAGAUGAUGCAGAAGAGUUUAUGAAACUAUCACAUGAUGAAAUGGAAACAUUCAAUCAAACUUAUGAUUAUCAAUCGGUGAUGCACUACCCUGAAGAUUCAUUUUCGGUUGACUGGAGGCUAAAAACAAUAAUCCCGAAGCAAAAAAAUGAACAGGAAGUCCCAGCUAUUGGAAACAAAAAUGAACUCAGUUUGGGUGAUAUUGCUACAACUAAUAUUUUGUACCAGUGUCCCAAAUGUGGAGAAACAUUGUAUGAGCCCAGUGGUUUUUUUAGGUCGCCAAUAAACCCACAUGGAGCAUUGGUGGGUGUCGAACGUUGUGAAUGGAGAAUAAAGGCUGCUAGAAGUGAAAAAAUUGAACUUUAUAUUACAGCAUUAAGUAUUUACGAGAGCCCUGACUGUACAAUUGAUUAUUUGGAAUUAAAAAAUGGUUAUGAUACUAAUAGUAACAAAUCAGCUUAUCGUUAUUGUGGCAAUAUUUACGUAGUCAAGUUUGUUACUAGUAAUUAUUUGAUACUGACAUAUGUGAAAACUAGUGACCCAAGUACUUACAACAGUUUUCUAGUUGAUUACAAGGCUAUUUGCGGAGGUGAUAUUGACAUCGAGAAAGAUAGACCUUUCAAUAUAGAAUCGACAAAUUAUCCUGACGAGUAUCCGCCAAAUAGACGGUGUAUUUGGUACUUUACAGCACCAGAUAAUCAUCGUAUAGCAAUGAAGAUCAAUUACUUUGCUCUUGAAAUGAGUGAUGGUUGUACAAAUGAUUUUCUUGAAAUAAGCGACGGCAAUGAUAAACACGCAGCUCUUAUUGGACUCUAUUGCGGUAUCAAAGACCCGUGGCAAGUUAAUUCAACAGAUAAUAAAUUGUCGGUUGUAUUCGUGAGUAAUGAAAUAAAUCAGGAUUAUGGAUUUUCAGCCACGUUAAUAGCUCUACCUAUGAAUAGUUAAUUUACUAAAUUGUAUUUAUGAGGCUAACUAAAUAAAAUGACCACUUUAAUAGCUUAGUGAUUUUGAUUGAUAUUUUCAAUCAUAUCCUGAGCGACGAGAAGUGUGAUUUUGUUCUUUUAAUAUAUUAACAUAAUAUGCAUGUAUACCUUGC